CGACUGCUUCUGCCAUGGGACGUCCACUGGCGUCCAGACCUCCGGAUCACCAGGAGGGACCAAAUUCACGCAGCAAGUGCAUUCCCUUUAUUUGUCCUGACAGGAUGACCAACAACAUUACAUGUUGGAACCACUACGCCAACCUCAGCCAUCACUGCCGCCAGGCUAACACGACUCAAGUUGUCAUGGAGACUAACUUAAUCCAGUGGGAUUGGAUGGAGAAGAGCAUGGGUGUUUGGACCUCACCUGAGCCACCUGACCCUGACUUCCUUCUCAUGAGACUGCUGGCCUGACAGGAGGAAUGGCAGAGGAAGCUCCAGAAUGACUGACAGCCGGGCGGAGGUGACAGGGAGGAUGCAGCGGCUGUCUCCCUCGGUCCUGUCGGUCAGUCAGCCUCUCCGUCUGUGGAUAUCAGCCGCUAAAACACUUGAAAACAUCAGCAAAGGAGCAAAAAGUCUGAGAGGUUAACUUGUUUUCCAGUCGAAUCACAGCUACAGGAGAAGGUCUGACCUCUGCCUUGAGCAAUCAUGAGUGUUGUCAGAGAAUUGCACGGGAUCGGGUACAGGGGUGGUGGAGGGGUUGUGGCCUCUCUGAACGGUCCCGCCCACUUUACCGAAGAUGCACCACGACCUCCAGUUCCUGGUGAGGAAGGGACUGACCUGGACCCCCCGGUCCAGUCAGUCAGCAACCGUCCAAACGCCCUAAACCAACCCCAAGGCCACCCCUUGUCAUCUAAAAUGGGGGAUCCAUCAAGCUACUCGCCCUCUUCAUCGUCUGCAACUCCACGUCGCCCUGACCUGGACUUGGGCUAUGAACCCGAGGGCUCAGCCUCUCCGACUCCACCGUAUCUGAAGUGGGCUGAAUCGCUACACUCUCUCCUAGAUGACCAGGAAGGUACCCAGCUGUUCAGAUCCUUCCUGUGCCAGGAAGGGUGCGAAGACCUAGUUGACUUUUGGUUUGCGUGCUCGGGAUUCAGGAAGACCAGCCAGGAGAAAAGGCCCAAACUGGCUAAGGCCAUCUACAGGAAAUACAUCAUAGAUGGAAGUGGGAUCGUCUCCAGGCAGAUCAAAGCAGCUACUAAGAGCUUCAUCAGAGACUGUGUGGGAAAGCAGCAUCCAGACCCUGCCAUGUUUGAACAGGCUCAGACGGAGAUCCAGGCCAUGAUGGAGGAGAACACCUACCCUUUGUUUCUCAAAUCUGAUCUGUAUUUGGAGUACACUCGGACAGGAGGAGAGAGCCCCAAGCCUAAUCCCAGUGAUCAAAGCCCUUCAUCAGGGCCAGUCAAGUCUCUGGCGGGGUACUUGCCUACUCUUGAGGAGGAUGAGGAGUGGAGGUGUGGAAGUGGAGGAGGGAUGAGGGAGGAAGAAGAAGAGAAGGACGAGGAGUGUGGAGAUACACCAGCUGGUAGGCUGACCCACAGCCUGCUGAUGCAGACGGCACCACAGAGAGCCUCGACCAGCAGGAGGAGACAGGACAGCAGGGAGUACAGACCGUGGCGAGAGCCGGUAAACCCCUACUACGCGAACAUGGGCUAUGCUCGCGCUCCAGCCACCAGCGCCAACGACAGCGAGCAGCAGAGCAUGUCAAGUGACGCAGACACACUGUCACUGACCGACAGCAGUGUAGAUGGUAUUCCUCCUUACAGAUAUCGGAAGCAGCAUCGUAAAGAGAUGCACGAAAGUGCCAAAGCCAACGGCCGUGUGCCCCUACCUCAUAUACCUCGUACGUAUCGCAUGCCAAAGGACAUCCACGUAGAGCCGGAGAGGUUUGCAGCAGAGCUCAUCAGCAGGCUGGAGAAUGUUCUCCGAGAAAGAGAGGCUCAGGAAAGACUYGAAGAGAGGCUGAAGAGAGUACGACUGGAAGAAGAAGGGGAGGAUGCUGACGUCUCCAUGACAACCUCCAUGUCUUCUCAUAGCAUACCACUCACCCUCCCCUCAUCGUUUCCACCUCUAUAUGGUGCCCGUUACUCAGAGACCACUGCUAACACAGGGACAGCCGCCACUUACGGCGGCCUGGUUGCCAUCGAGGACUCCCACGAAGUCGACCCCGAGUCCAUCUUGGACGAGCACGUGCAGCGGGUGAUGAAGACGCCAGGCUGCCAGUCGCCGGGGGCGACCAACGGCAGUUUGGGGGGAGGAGGUCGGCACACUCCGCCGAAAUCAUCCCGCUCACCCGACGGAGGAAUCGGGCCUCCUCACUACUCAGCACACCGAGGCGCGGGGCACAGUUUGCCUGCUGCUGGGGUCAAAGGUGUGUAUCAUCAUAAGCAGCUAUACCACCACAGAGGAAGAGAGGGGCAGGAAGAGGCAGGCUCCAGGUCUCAGGCUAGCCUCAUGUGGAACGGAGAUCCAGCCAAUCAAUACAUGGCGAGAAGAAACUACGCAGACGGAGCUGGCGCCAGCACUCUGGAAGGGAUGGGUUACAGUAGCAAAGGUAGCACGAUGUCAAGGCGAGGCUGUAAGAAGACCGAGUCGUCAGGGAAAGGUGAGGAGAGUGGGCGUGGCCUGGAAACCCAGGUUCCCCUGGAGGACAUGGAAAGAAACCAGAAGAUUAUGCAGUGGAUGAUGGAUGGAGACAAACAAAGGAAGAGUUCUCAUGGCGGCAGCACAAGCAGCUCCAGGAGGACGGGAACCAGCAUCGAGACGCCACGUCCAACUUCAGUGGAGCGACCCGGAGCUGUGCACCCUUGGGUGUCCGCCCAGCUGCGUAACAAUCCCUCCUCCGUGUCCACAGCUAUCCCUAGCUCUUCAUCCACUCAGGUUCAGCCUUCGCAUCCUUUCAUUCAGGACCCGGCUAUGCCCCCCAACCCAGCUCCCAACCCCCUCACUCAGCUGGAGGAGGCUAGGAGGAGGCUGGAGGAGGAGAGGAGGAGGGCCGCAUUGCUGCAGGCCAAGCAGAAGCAUAAAUCUGGAAAACGACAAGUAUGUGAGAACAUGACGGUGGCGUACUACUUCUGUGGAGAGCCAAUCCCUUACCGAACAUCAGUCAAAGGUCGUGUCGUAACUUUGGGCCAGUUCAAGGAGCUUCUUACCAAAAAGGGUCGUUACAGGUUCUACUUUAAAAAAGUGAGCACUGAGUUCGACUGUGGUGUCGUGUUCGAGGAGGUCCGUGACGACGACGCCAUCUUGCCCAUCUUUGAGGAGAAGAUUGUUGGGAAAGUGGAGAAGGUCGACUGAAAUUCAAGGACAGGACGUAGGAAAGAUCAUUGUCAAGAGAGGAGACGGGAAGAAAAACGUUCAGAAAUCGGACGUCGGGAAGUAAAAGAAGUAGAAAAAUGGAUGGAGUGAUGUGUGACAGAAGGGAGGCCGUGUUGCGUAGAAGGAGCUCGAGGUUUUGGAAGGUGGUUAGAGAAGUGGAGGCCUGCGUCGACGCCUGGAAUAAAACAAAGGAGGAGAUGCUGGUCCAGAUGAUGCAGGAGCGGAGAAGGAGUGCAAAAUAUUUCAUCUGUUAUGUCUUCAUUGUGGACUUUCUGAAAGGAGUGAAGGAAAAAAAAAACACGAGGGAAGGGCCGGGACUCUUGCUCCCGGAAGAAGAGAGGAUAAAGUAAGUCUUCCACUUCUGCUCUGGAGGGAGUCGGUCCUCCGCAGACCAUUACGAUGCUGCUACAUUACCACAGAAACUUUUCAAUCGGUGCUGGAGACAGUGAGAGAAGCAGUUUUGUUCCUUUCAGGAGUCGAACUGCCUUUUGUUGUCUCUAUUCCUGAUCAGCUGGGGACAGGGGAGGAGGGCGAGGACAGUGGGACAUUCAGCCUGUUUCUCAUUUUGUUGACUUCAUAGCCUCAAAACAGAGUACCUUGUUCUCCUAGCUGUCACAAGGUGAUCUCACAAUAACACACUCAAGAUUACAGUCGUUUGCAUAACCUGUUUACCAAAGCUACAUAUUUUUGAUAAGACAAGUAUUCUAGCUACUUGUUUUUUUUAUUUGUAUACAUACCAGGCAGGUACUAUUACUUAUUACAGCAGCUUAAUUUUGUCAUAUCUCAGUUUAAUAUUGUAUUAUUGUCUGUGUUUAUGAAAGUAGCUCCUUAGUCACGUCUAAGCAGCGGUUCUUUCUCUCUUUUUUUAAAAAAUCUUAUUAACCCACUUCUGGAUGGUUGACCUGUGAAUCGAGGUUUCUCUCUUUUUUUUUAAGGAUUUUUGAGGCUGACUUUUUAUUUUUUACUUUCCUCACCUUCAGGAUACUAUAAAACAACCUCUAAAUUCAUACCUGGUCUAAUCCUCUCAUGUAAACCUGCAAAUGGUCGUUUUAGGAGUCUCUUUGAAUGUGAGGUUUAUGAGGCAUGUGUUGUCAGCGUGCA